GUCAAGUCCAGCAUCCCUCAGCAUCUCUCAGCAUCCAUCGGCAUCCUUCUCUGUCCAACUGCCAUAGACCAUGGCCAGUACAGUUUCCCUAGUUACUCUGCCUCUGUUCGCCCUCGUCUUCAUCUCUCAGGUGGCUCUUCCGGCCCGAUGCGAAGUCCACGUCGUCCUCGUACCAGGUAGCAGGGGCGCAGAUCGACAGAAACCGUGGAGCUUCACGCACACGGACGAGGAUGAACCCGCGCGGAUAAAGCGAGAGACCGACGCGGACUCGGAACCGGAGGAAAUGCAACAGAUGAGACACAGCAAGAACCAGAACAAGGGCAGCAGCGAGAAAGGCGAGGGAGUUCAUGACGGCAACGAGGGAGGACACAAGCACCGACAGAACGGCGGGAGGAGAAAUAAUCAUGGGAGCCAGGAACACCACGGAAAUGGCCAAGGACGAAGGAAGCAGCACGACAACGACGGGGAUCUCGGAGGGACGGACAUGGAGGAAAAUUCGCGGAGAAAGCGAGAUACCGAUCAGGAAUCGGACCAUGAUGGGAUGCAGCAGAUGAGACGCGACGAGAACAAAAGCAGUGAAUCCAAAGAAGGCAACCAAAACGGCCACAACCACGGCGGGAAGCAAAACGGCCACAACCACGGCGGGAAGCAAAACGGCCACAACCACGGCGGGAAACAAAACGGCCACAACCACGGCGGGAAACAAAACGGCCACAACCACGGCGGGAAACAAAACGGCCACAACCACGGCGACCAAAACGGCCACAACCACGGCGACCAAAACGGCCACAACCACGGCGACCAAAAUGGUUACAACCACAAUAAUCAUAACAACCACAACCACAAGAGCAGCAGCAGCGAAGAAGGCAAAGGAGACCAGGGCGACAACGGAGGACACAAGCACCGACAGAACGGCGGGGGGAGAAAUCACGAGGGGAGCCAGGAACACCACGGAAAUGGCGAAGGACCAAGGAAGCAGCACGGCAACGACGGGGAUCUCGGAGGGACGGAGGCAGAGAAAACCUGGCGGAGGAAGCGAGAGACCCACCAGGAAUCGGAGCAUGGUCGGAUGCAGCAGAUGAGACGCGACGAGAAGAGCAGUGAAUCCAACGAGGACAACCACCAGGGAGGACAAAAACACAACCAUGGCGGCAACCAAAAUGGCCACAACCACGGCGACAAAAACGACUACAACCAAGGAGGACACAAACACAACCAAAGUGAUAAUGAAAACGCCUGCGGCAACGAAAAUCACGAGUGCAAUCACAAAGGUGUGGAAGCAUGA